UUACAGUAAUGCUCCUCUUGCUGAAGCGGCAACCACUUCGGCAGAACCAGCUGGGACCAGGGCGGGCAUAAGCUUCACUUGUGACCCCCCCAAACCGAUACCCUGCAUAAACAGACAUGCUGGGGGGAGACGUGGUAGCUGUGUGGGAUAUAGCCCUAAGCGAUGGAGUGUACAGGAUUGAAUUUGCGCAUGGAACCACCACAGGGAAACGAAUUAUUUAUGUGAACGGGAAGGAAGUUGUAAAAAAAGACUGGAUGUUCAAACUGGUUGGAAAGGAAACCUUUACCAUCGGCAGUACCAACAUCAAAGCCACCAUUAACAUAGAAGCUGUCAGCGGCUUUGCUUAUGAAUACUCGCUGGACAUUGAUGGGAAGAGUUUGCAGAAGUUCGUAGACGACAGAGCCAAGACCACAAAGACUUGGGUGUUCCAGGUGGACGGGACGGACUACAGGGUGGUCCUUGAAAAGGACACUGUAGACGUUUGGUGCAACGGACAGAAAAUGGAAACAAGGGGAGAGUUUGUAGAUGAUGGCACAGAAACCCACUUCACGGUGGGGGAUCACGACUGCUGCAUCCAGGCUGUGAGCAGUGGGAAGAAGAAGAGUGGCAUUGUGCACUCCCUGCUGCUGGAUGGAGAGAAAAUUCCUGUGUCCACGCUGUGAAUCUGGAUUACAAAAAUAUGUUUGCAUGCCCAAGAAAGGACUUUUUAUUUAUUCCUAUGUAUUUAUUUUGAAUUUGAUUACAUCAAUUUUAGACUAAUAUACUCAGGUGAAAACACUCAUGCUCACGAGCAACUUUGAAAGUGUCUUCAGUUUGUGGUUUUAUUUUUAAACACAGGACAAAAGGAGAAAGAUCCGUGAAACCAUCGUGUUUGAAUCUGCGCAGACUCACCGCAACAACUAUGAGUUUGAAUGAGGCAGCGUUAAGCACGCGGGAGUUGAGCGGUCACAAACCGGAAUGUGAUGCUUUAAAAUUUCAAAAUAAAAGAUCACCCAACACAACUAGUUUUUAAUUGGUUGAUUUAAUUAUAAUGUAAAAUGUAAAGUUAAAAAAGGGUCCUAGUGGUAUUUAUAAAGCUGGCUAUAAAUCAUCUUAUCUUCACCUUAAAGUAUGGAAAUAUUAAGAAAAAUAAAGGUCAAUAAAUGAA